GGCAUCAAGGCUUCCUCUCCCAACAAUUUGUUGGUUCACCAGUAACUCUUACAAGUACUUUACUACCUAUAACACAUUCGUUCGCAAAUUUAUCCAAUAUAUCUCCGCUGAAGAAGGUAGAUCUAGGUAAUAAACUUGCCGAAAAGUUCGGAUAAAUAAUGAAUAAAUUUGCGUAUAAAUGUGUUGCAUGUACUAGUUAUUGUACUUAUUAAAUUCGCAACAGGCGUUACCAUUCUGUUAUUUUUACUCGUAAUUAUCUUGUACAAAGUAUAAUCUGCUGCAUUCAAAAAACACACGCACACAAAACAAAAGUAAAAAUACCUAUUUUUAACACGUGAUCUCAGUUCGUUUUCUUUCUAUUCAUAUUUUAUUGUAAAGCUAUACUUUAAACGUUUGUAAUAAUGAUACGUAGAGUGAUCGGAAGCUACUUCGUGACGAUUAUUUUGUUUUGUGGAAUUUUCGCCAAACAUAAUGAUUAUGUCAGAAACGAAAACGAAACGUAUUCAGAUGAUGUCGAUUAUGCUGAAUCAGCCUUUCUUCGAAAGAAAUGGAUUUCGGAGUUAUUCCUCGAGGCACAGACAAAGUUUAAAAUGGAUCCUACGGAGAACACUGCGUGUAAAAAGGAUUUCGAUUUGUUCAAGUUACAUCUUAGUAAUCAUUCUACGUGGGCGGUCAAAAUGAUGGAAUCAUCGGAAUGGCCAUUAGAUGGGAUUUUUUCUGGAACGGUCGAUCAUCUGGGAAAUUAUGACCAGUGUUUAGCAAUUUCUUCAUACAGCAUCAAGGGACAAUACUGUUUAGCCAAAGUAGCCUACAGUUAUUCGGAUACUGCACACAGUGUAGUACUCGAAAGAUUUGAUCACAGAAUUUCAGCUUGGAAUGCUUUAUCUAUGUAUGAAAAUAAUCCGAAUCAAAUCAAUAGAAAAAGACUGACAUUCGCUUUGUGUGUACCAUCAUCUUGUGCGCCAACCGACUUGAAUGCGACUUUGAAUAACCUGUUGUAUCCAAUAUUCAAAAAUAACGGACUCGAUGUGACGAUUGAUGUGGAUCCUAUAUUUUGCAAAACGCAGGACGAUAUCGUUUAUCCGUCAGGAUUUUAUAUUGCGAAAUGGUCGUUUUUAGCGUUUUUUGUGUUAGUGAUUUGCGCGACUUUAUAUGAUAACGACUCUGAAACGGACAAUGAAGGUAAACAUGAACGGCAUUUCUUCAAAGAGGUAUCCGAAAUUUUCUCCUUAAGCAGGAAUUUCAAGAAGUUGAAGCAAUAUAACGCUAAUGAAAGUGCAGGACUGCAUUUUGGGAAAGUUCUGAAUAUGCUAUUUACUAUCUAUGGUCAUCGAUUUUUUUACAUGCUCAGUUUUCCUUCAUCCAAUGCUGUUGUGAAAGAACAAUUUUAUACUGGUUUUGAUUUACUCCUAACACACAUGAACAUCGUUGUGGACGCUUUUUUCUUCAUUAGUGGUUACUUGACAUUUCGUUGUGAACUUCAAUCUGUGAAGAGAGAUGGGAAGUUCUUCUUGGUUACUAAUAUCCUAUUCAGAUGGAUGAGAAUGACUCCAGUAUUUGGUGUUUUGGUGUUAUACGUUAUAUACAUAUUUCCAUACACUGGAGAUGGUCCACUUUGGAAUUAUGAAGUAUUGGGUGAAGUCGACAAAUGCAAGGAGACCUGGUGGGCCGGUUUAUUUGCCAUCAACAACAUUGUCAGAACUGAUCAACUGUGCAUACCUGCAAGUUGGUACAUAUCAGUGGAUAUUCAGUUGGCUGUAAUUGGAGGAAUCUUAUUGUACAUUUGGUCAAAAAAUACUAAACUUGGCAUUUUCUCAGUUGGAGUAACAUUCAUCACUUCCAUUGUGGUGACAUUCAUGAUUGCUUAUAAGAACCAGUUAUACGGACUGAUGAGAAUACAAUUAAAUAUAAUGAAAAAUGUACGGACCAACCCUGAAUUCAUUGAUUUCUACACUUCAACAUUUGCCAGAUGUGCUCCUUAUUUAAUUGGAUUUAUGACCGCUUAUGUUGUUCAAUCACUGAAUGAAAACAAAAUCAAAUUUACCAAAAAAGAAACGUGUUUUUAUUCACUUCUAGCCAUUUUCGUUAGUGAAGCGUGUUCAUUUUACGGACUUGUGUUUUAUGCAACCGACAGACCAUAUGAUAGAUUUGAAAACGCUUUGUAUGCGGCUUUAAAUCAUGUAAUAAUCAUGGUAAUAUAUGCUGUAUUGUAUUGUCUUUACAUGACAUCUGGAUUAGGUGUUUUUGAUAAUCUUAUCGGAUGGAAAGUAUGGAUUCCCUUUGGACGUUUAACAUAUUCAGUUUACUUGAUAAACACGAUAGUUCAAUUGUACCACGUUUCUUCUCAAAAGCAGCCGUUUGUGUUACCUGACAGAAUAAAUUUGGUAUGGUGGUUCCUAGGCGAUGUGGUGUGGUGCUACUUGAUGGGAUUAGCUUUAUAUUUAUUUGUCGAAGCUCCGAUUAUGAACUUGAGAAUAUUAGUUAAAAAACAAUUAUCGAAAAUGUUCAUGAAGUCUAAACCAGAUAAACAUAUCGCAGAUGGUGAUUCAAGGACACCUAUAAAGCAAUAACUUUCCCAUUACCAGUUGAGACGAGUUGAAGUACCUAUAACUACUCGCUAGAAAUAUUUGUAAUUCGUGAAUUAAAUUUUUCAACACCA